AUUUCAAGUCUAAUCAAAACGUCCAUUUAAAUCUAGAUCAUUCUAAAUACUAAGACGAAGACAAAGUUCUGACCGGAGGUAAUCUAGAAGUAUAAAUUCUACGAAAUUCUAGAAGAUUCUUAAAUAAUAUUAAGACUUAUGAGGACAGUGUACAUUCAUCUGCAAGUUUAGCCAGAUAACCUAGUGGAGAAGCUCUCUCGUUACCUAACUAACACAACCACGAGGACAACAAGUAAACAACGAUGGCUCGGCCUGAGGUUGUGCGAUGAAGCUGCAGAUGAGGAGGGAAUGGAGGAACCUAACGUCACGAAGCGGCCCUCCGUGCUGACCAUAGACAGGGCCGCGUUCCUCCUUCUACGAGUCAAAAGAGCUUUCAAGAAGAAGAGACAACAGAGAAAGGAGAAGCAUGCAGCGGCAGCGGCGGCGGCGGCGGCUGCGACGGCGGAGGGUGUGUGCUUGCGGCGCGGCCCACCACCGCUGUUGCGCUCACGCACGCUCCCCGCCAUCAUUGCGCCCGGCUUCUCCAUACUGCACGCGCAGAUUGAUCCUCAGCGGUGUAAUGAUAUCACACAAAGUCAAUUACUAUGUCGCGGAGUACCAGGUCACAAGGUUUGCGGUCUCCGCUCGCACGCGCCUCGCAUCUCGUUCACAAACAAAGAGGAGACAGAUAGCCAUGAGCUACGACGUAAAUCAGCCAGCAGUCGACUCGGUAGCUCACCUCGCUCGAGUAUCGCCAGUGAAGAUAGAGUCGAUGGAUUGGCUUUAAGAGUGCCAACUCCGCGUGGCUCUGUGUCAAGCAGCAGCACAGUAAGUGCAGGCUCGAGGCUCGCGCGCCUGCUGACACAGGGCGUGCGAGGAGCCCCUGAAGAGGUCGCCGCCGAUGCCCCAAGAAGGUUAAGCUGGGAGAGGAGAGACUCAGCAGGUCAACUUCCUCGGUCUGCGAGCAUAGACUCAGUGGUGGAGGCAGCGAUCUGCGCGCGUCACUCCGAACCAAGCCAGCCCACGCUACUCCUCCCUGCGAGAGCUGAUAGAGCGCUCAGCCUCGUCUCCCCCGCGGUCGGCAGGAGAGCGAAAAGUCAGAGAGGACAAGCGGAGCUGCAGUACGGCGGGCUGCUGGAGGGGUGCGCGGGGGAGCUGCCGUCGCUAAGCGCCUGCGCCCCGCUCCCCGCCACGCUCGACAAGGCGGCGCGGCGACAGCAAAGGGAUGCGCGCGCGCACCAAAACAAGCUCGCACAAGUUAACAUACAUUUGCAGGCAUUGUUUGCUGCAGUUGAACAUGGCUACCUGGACAAGGCUCGCAAUAUCCUCGAGUCCACAGAUGUGGACGUCAACAGUCUUAACCCAGACGGUCUAUCACCAUUGGACGUGGCGGUGUUGGCCAACAAUAGACAACUCGCAAGAAUGCUCAUGGAGUUUGGUGCCAAAGAGGGAUCCCAGUUCAAAACACCGGAUGCCCUGGGCGCACACUUGCGGCGGCUGUCGAGCGAGGCCAAGUCUCGACUGCACGACUUCGGCGGAUGCAACCCGGAGCGAGAUUGUCGGGAGGACAGCUGUACUAGAUCUUCAGCGGCGGGUCAGGCGGGUACAACAGGCUGCGCCGGUGGUACCGGCUCGGAGAAAGACAAACAAGCGCAGCACUGGGAGAGAAGGUUGCGGACACUUAAAAGGUUGAUGUUAGGUUGGCAAGAAGCGCGUGUGCCGAGCGGCAGCGCGCCCGAGCUGGAGGUGUGCGGCUCGCACGCGGUCGCGGUGAGGCUGAGGGAACACAAGCACUCGGUUACCUUCUCACACUCUGCGCAACGAGACAACGCUAUUAUAACUAAGUACAAAGUGGAAUGGUCAUCGCGAGCAGACUUCUCUAACCUGUGCGGGUUCCGUGAGGUGGCGGCUUCUGGCACCACGACUGGCACCAAAGUGCUGGCGGCGGGGCUCACCAGGGGCCGACGGUACUUCUUCAGGGCCGCCGCAGGGAAUAUCAAGGGCUGGGGACCCUUCACCGUCUCCGUGCCUAGGAGUGUAGUGCCCAGCAGUAACGGGGGCGCGGCGGAGGCGCUGGAGGCACUCGCCAGCGCGGCGGCCGGCGCACGCCAGCGCCCCGCACCGCCGCGACUGCCGCGCAAGAAGACUGCCACCAUACGACAGCUCUUCACUGCUGCCAGCAAGUUCCAGAAGAAUCUAAGAAGAGGAGUAUACUUGUCGUGUAUAGUGUACCACGAGGACAAGGUGCUGGUGACGAGCGAGGAGUUCCUGCCUGUCAUAGAAGUGGAUGAGACGUACCCUGCCUGCAUCUACACUGACUUCCAUUGGCUUAUGAAGGUGUCAUGUUCAUGGGACGAGGUGAAGUCUCUGCGGGCGGACAUGGAGAAGCACACCUCCUCCUCCGUGCACUUCCGCCUCAAGCUGCUCACCGCCGCCGCGCAGAUGCAGUCCGCGCUCGGCAUACAGGACCUAGGUCAGGUGUACCACAAGCCGCUGCGCGACGCGCACGGCACGGUGGUGGUGUCGUGCGUGUGCGCGGCGCGCUCCAGCAAGGUGUCCGCGCUCAACUCGCGCUGGGCCCCGCUCGCCAAGCUGCGCCGCCGCGUCCUCAGCGAGGACAACACCAUGGCCGACCUCCUCAUGGCCUCCGUGCACGACCAGAUCGCCUACCACCAGGUGUCUCGUGUGCAGCUGCCCCGCGGCCUGUACCUGGGCUACCUGAAGCUGCAGUCUUCAGUGGAAGUGGUAAGGAUCGUGGCUCCCGCGCGCACACCCAACGUGCCCCCGCACACCAGGAUCAGGGACAACCCACAUGUUUCAGCCGAGGAGUGGGACUAUCUGUUGGCGCAGUCCGGUAAAACGACAACAGAAGACCAGCAGACGAUAAACAACCUCGCGAUAAACGCCGACGAGAAGCCGUCAGAAUCUCAGGAGAUGUUCCUCGACCAAAUAUCCUGCGCGUCCAGGAGACUGUUCAAAGAGAUGGACAUACCCAUUGAAACCGUCAACACCCACCGAAUCUACGACCUCGAGGUCAUAGAGUUAAACAAUGACGUCAGUUUCAUCAUGGUCUGCCCUCCAGCUGAGCAGGCCUGCUCCGUGCCCGGACAGAAGGAAAUACUCCUCCAGAAAGGCGAUCUACUCAGUCUGCCGAUACAAGCGUUCGAAAUGAUACAUCUACAAACUUACCACACCAGUAUACUAAACAAAUACUCCAAGCUGAGCUGCGUCCUCGAGCUGGACGUCGCCCUCGCCGCACAUUCACAUCGAGAGGCUUUCUCAUGUUCCGAAUUACAGACCGCUAAGGAGAGGUUAACUAAACUAGAAGAUUUACAGAACAAUCUCAAUAUAGUAUGGAAAGCGGAACGAUGGCUUAUGGACUUGAUCGGCUUCGCGAGAGACAAAGAUAAAACCGGCUCCAGCUCUGGAAUACUCCUCAAAUACAUCCUAGAAAGAAACCCCACCGAGGGCUGCGUCACCGAAACGGACACAAAAGAUAAAGAUGUAAAUCUAAAAGUGGACCUCCUCCAGAUACCCUCCAGGGAUGGAAAAAUAACCAAAACCUCACCAGGGAGGGGAUCCUGGCCCGGUCCAGCGGGAAACGGAAACCACGCCCACCUACAUCCAGAAUUUAGCAAAUCGGAGCAACAGCUGAGCCUAUCCCCGCGACAAACAUCAGUUUCAACCCUCAACUUGAGUACGUCUCAAUUUCUAAAUCCCGAUUCUAAAUACUCAAGGAAAGGUAGCGGCGACUCACAAUUCACUCAAUCUAGUCUUAUGAGUAACAAUUACUUGAGCAGUAACUCACAAUUCGAUAUCAAAUCAUCAGGUUCUCAUACCAGUAUCGGCAGCAAUCGUCUGCCGCCGUCUAAGAGUGAAGAUACACUCGUCUUGCAAAAUGAAAACGUCGACCCUAAACCUAGACCACAUAGCAUGAGUAAUGCAAGCGCUUCAACAACAUCUAGUCCAUUGUUGACUGUUAAGAAUUACUAUCCCGGUAGUAUGAUAAGUGUUCGUACGAUGAAAGGGAACGUGUCAGAAUCCGUACAGAGUUUGUCCAGCGAUUCUGAGAGUCAAAGCUCACCUUUAUCCGUUCCGUUAAAACUCCGUCCCUCACCAAAUCGGACGUUUAAUGUCAUCGCGUCAAAGAGUAUGAAUAACGUUAAAUCUGACAUCGACUUCACCGAUACUGGACAGGAUGUAUGUCACAAAACUAACCUCUGCAUCAAACGACAGCCAUUGCUGGAGACGCAGGAAGACGUGGAGUGCAAUAACAAAGUUCCUAAGACUGAGAGAGACGAAGAUAUGAAGCCUCGCGAACAACGAACACCCGACCAACCGGGAAUACUACAGGUAUUCGCAGCAUACGAGACAGGCCUAGCUGCGGGCACGUCACUGAAGCUCCACGUGACACCACGCACCUCAGCACGAGAGGUCAUCGACCUCGUCGUCAAACAACUCAACAUGGCCGCCGUGCUGAAGGGCAAAGCGGGUCCUGUGUACGGCCCUGAGAGGUUGCAGGACUUCUGUCUCGUGGCCGUCAUCGGGGCCCGUGAGAGAUGCCUCAGAGACGACUUUAGACCUUUACAGCUACAGAACCCCUGGAGGAAGGGCCGAUUGUACGUCAGACUUAAACACGACGUGCUCGCUGCUUUACAGCAUUCCGCCAAACAACCAGCUUUUAUAUAAUACUAGGAACAAUAUUAUUGUAAAAACGAAUAUUUAAAUCAUCCAAAGAUAAAACAUCCACAUGUUUGUGAAUGAAUUAUUAACACUUCUAAAUACAUUUAGUAAAUAUUAAAAAGUGACGAAAUUCAAAUAUUUUAACACAUUCAAUGCCGGCGACUUGCUUGAGUGGCAUGAUUAGUAUUAAGACCGAUAACUAGCGUUUAAAUUGUAAUUUGACCGUAUUUUUAUAUAUCCUCUAAUCCUCUAAGUAUUAAUAAAAAAAAAACAUUAUGUUAUAUAAAAUGCUUCGAAAUUGUCAGUUACGGGUACUCGGUAUCGCAUUUCUUUAUUUCAAUCGGCUAAAAACACUUUUAAAUGCAUUUUUAAACCAUAAAAACUGGUAA